GAAAAUGGCGGGAAUGUAAUAAAGUAUAGAUCGCAGGCGCAGAGAGAUGGUAUAAAUUGGAAACUCUCUCCUUGGUUCCUCUGCUUACGCUUUGUGUAAUCGCAUUUGUCUGUAGAGGAACUUUACUUCAUCGAAAUGGCGAAGAAGAAGAAAGGUACAGUUUCUGAAGAAAACAAAGAAGAACAUCAGAACCAAGAGGAUCUCAGCCAGUCUCCGACCAAAGAGAAGAGCUUGUAUGAGAUUCUUGGAGUAGAGAGGAGUGCAUCUCAACAAGAAAUAAAGAAAGCGUACUACAAACUGGCAUUGCGUCUUCAUCCAGAUAAGAAUCCUGAUGAUCAGAACGCCAAAGAGAAAUUUCAGCAACUCCAAAAGGUGAUAUCAAUUCUUGGAGAUGAAGAGAAAAGGGCACUUUAUGAUCAGACUGGUUGUGUUGAUGAUGCUGACCUUAUCGGGCAAGUUGCUCAAAAUCUGCACGAGUAUUUCAAAACAAUAUACAAAAAGGUCACUGAGGCUGAUAUUGAAGAGUUUGAAGCAAACUACAGAGGAUCUGACUCAGAGGUGAAGGAUUUGAAGGAUCUAUAUCAGAAGUACAAUGGUGAUAUGAACAGGCUUUUUUGCUCAAUGCUCUGUUCGGAUCCUACACUGGACUCCCAUCGAUUCAAGGGUAUCCUUGAUGAGGCAAUAGCAGCUGGAGAGCUGAAGGAAACCAAAGCCUAUAGCAAGUGGGCAAAGAAAGUGUCUGAAACACCACCACCUACCAAUCCUCUUAAAAGGAGAGGAAACAGAUCUAAAAAACAGUCAGAUGCAGACCUGCAUGCUAUCAUUUCUCAGUGCCGAAGCCAGAGGAAAGAACAAUUUGAAUCUAUGUUCUCAUCAUUGGAGGAAAAAUACAAUGGGGGUCGGUCAAAUCCUGCACCCACUGAAGAAGAAUUUGAAGCUGCACGGAAAAGGAUUGAAAGUCGUAAAACAACCAAACAGGCUAGACAGAAAUGAACAACUAGUUCCAGUCUAUAAGAGUACUUCAUGUUCUAGGGAGACGUGUAACUUUCCUUGAAAAACUAAUCUUUUUAUUUAUCCAUCUGACCUCAUCCUGAGGGAUUAUUUUUCUGUUGUGCAUUCUUUGUUUCAUAAGUGCAUUCUUGAAGUUAAUGCUC